ACUGACUGCAGCCACACAGAGGGCAUUUACAGCCUGCUGCACAACUCCGCUAGGAUACAACCAAACGCACCUCGUACCGAACAACUAGGACCAGCAUGGACCUCCACCGGACCAGUAUAUUAAACCAAAUGGAUUACAGCCGGGAUUCGAAAGAAGGGAAGCCGGCCCAGUCGACGGAGGAGCGGCUGGACAGCGGCUUGGACUCGCUGAAGGAGGAGGAGUACCAGGCUGUGGCGGCCGAGAUCCGUCGGCUUCAGGUGGACUGUGAGCCGCCGCCGCAGCACCAACAAGCCGCCACGGCAGUCGGAGAGCACGAAUGGAAAACACAGAUCACAGAGGACGGAGACACGCUUCUCCACCUGGCCAUCAUCCACGAGGCCAAGGACUUUACCAGAAAAAUGAUAGACAUGUCCAAGAACACAGACUUCCUCAACGCACAGAAUGACCAGAGACAGACUCCUCUCCAUUUAGCAGUUAUAACAAACCAGGCGGAUAUGUGUCAGCGCCUCCUGGCAGGCGGUUGCGACCCCACGCUGGUGGACGACAACGGUGACACGGCCCUUCACAUCGCCUGUCACCACGGUAACCUGCCCUGCUUCAGCGUCAUCACACAGAACUGUCAGCUAGAGCAUCUACACAGCGUGAUGGCGGCCUACAACUAUCAUGGUCAGAACUGCCUCCACUUGGCUUCAGUUUAUGGUUUCCUCUCGCUGGUGGAGAACCUGGUGGAUCUAGGAGCUGAUAUUAACGCAAAGGAGCAGCGUAACGGUCGCAGUGCGCUGCACCUGGCUGUGGACCAGCAGAACCUCUCACUGGUCCAACUGCUGCUGAAGAAAGGAGCAGACCCCAACCAGCUUACAUCCGGAGGCCACAGUCCCUUCCACCUCACCUACGGUCGCGACAAUGGCAAUAUCAGAAUGGAGCUGUUCUCGCUGACUGAUCCCGGCCUGAGGGAGCUGCCCGAAAGCGAAUCAGAAGACAGCGAGGAGGAGGAGGACAAGGAGAGUGAUGAGGAGGUGGGUUAUGACGACAUCCAGUGGAACGGGCAUUAGCAGGAAGCAAGAGAGAGGAAGUCGCAGAGGCAGGAGGCUGUGAUGAAGACAGAGAAGGACAACAGAAACGGCCUCGGCACGUCUACCACUUCCUGCAGUGACGUCACGUGAGCCCGAUAGCGCGUCAAGAGACGACGUAGAGCGGGCGUGACCGCU